GAUUCGGAAUCUGCCAACUAUUUUCAAAUUUUGAACUGUGUCUGCUUGCGGCCAGCGCAGAAUCUGUGAUAAAGCAGAAAAAUACAAAGAAUACAAAAAAUUAAAAAAAAAAAAAAAAAAUAAAAAUAAAAAUAAAAAAUAAAAUGUGAGGAGAAAUAUUUACAUGCAAAAUGAAUGCUGGGCGAGAGAAGUUUUUGUUAUAAUGCAAAUGUGUAGUGGAAGAAUUCCCGGCGCGAGUGAUAAAUAAUCCGACGACAAACAAAAGCAGAAGCCUACACAGCGAAAAAGAGCAAUGCAAACACAUUUAUCUUUAUUGAGAGCAACAAUAUCAAGAUCAAGAUAAUAAAGCAUCGUAAACCUUCGCAUGCCCGAGACUAAGUAGUUCAUUAUAAAGUCUCCACACAAAUAAUCAAAUGCAAAAAAGUGCCUGCUGAUGAAAUACGACAAACUUAACAAAGCAAAACAAACAAUUCACAAAUCGAGUAGUAUAAUCUAUCUAUUUACAUGUAUUUUAUACAAAACAUCAAAUUAAAUAAUAAUAACAAGAGAGGCAAAGAAGCCACAGAAAUAUUUAUUUAAAUUGCAAUUUGUGGCCGCCGAUGUGCCCCAGUGUGUGUUUGCUGUGCGUGUGUGUGUGUGAGCGGCGGUCGUCGAGCAUUUUUUUGUGAUAUGAGUACUAAAUAUCACAGGGCGAAGAAGCAGCAUCAUGCAUCCAGCGGGCGAAAAAAGGGGCGGUCGCCCUAAUGACAAAUACACGGCGGAAGCCCUCGAGAGCAUUAAGCAGGACCUAACCCGAUUUGAAGUACAAAAUAACCAUAGGAAUAAUCAGAAUUACACACCUCUGCGAUAUACGGCGGCCAACGGACGCAAUGAUGCACUUACUCCGGAUUACCACCACGCCAAGCCGCCGAUGGAACCACCGCCCUCCGCGUCUCCGUCGCCGGACGUGGUCAUCCCGCCGCCCCCCGCCAUCGUUGGUCAACCGGGAUCAGGCUCCAUUUCCGUAUCCGGAGUGGGCGUAGGCGUGGGAGUGGGCGUGUGCGUGGCGAACGGACGGAUGAUGACGGCGCUGAUGCCGAACAAGCUGAUCCGGAAGCCUAGCAUCGAGCGGGACACGGCGAGCAGUCACUACCUGCGCUGCAGUCCGGCCCUGGAUUCCGGAGCCGGAAGUUCCCGCUCCGAUAGCCCCCAUUCGCACCACACCCACCAGCCGAGCUCGCGGACGGUUGGAAAUCCAGGGGGUAAUGGUGGAUUUUCGCCAUCCCCCAGUGGUUUCAGUGAGGUGGCACCACCGGCGCCGCCCCCACGGAAUCCCACCGCAUCCAGUGCGGCCACGCCCCCGCCGCCAGUGCCGCCCACCAGCCAGGCGUAUGUGAAACGCCGAUCGCCGGCCUUGAACCGCCCGCCGGCGAUAGCGCCACCCAAUCAGCGUGGGAACUCGCCGGUAAUAACCCAGAAUGGGUUAAAGAGCCAACAGCAGCAGCAGCAGCUGUCGCAGCAAUUGAAAUCCCUGAAUCUGUAUCCUGGAGGAGGAAGUGGCGCAGUGGUUGAGCCACCACCACCAUACCUAAUACAGUCGGGAGCAGGAGCACCACCGCCACCACCGCCCAGUUACACGGCCUCCAUGCAAUCGCGGCAAUCGCCCACGCAAUCGCAGCAAUCGGAUUACAGGAAAUCACCAAGUAGUGGGAUAUAUUCGGCCACCUCGGCAGGAUCACCGAGCCCCAUCACCGUGUCCCUGCCACCAGCACCACUGGCCAAGCCACAGCCACGCGUUUACCAAGCCCGAAGUCAGCAGCCCAUCAUAAUGCAGAGUGUGAAGAGCACGCAGGUGCAAAAGCCCGUGCUCCAAACGGCAGUGGCACCACAAUCCCCAUCGAGUGCCUCUGCCAGCAAUUCACCGGUUCAUGUCAUGGCGGCACCACCCUCGUAUCCCCAAAAGUCCGCAGCAGUGGUGCAGCAGCAGCAGCAGGCGGCAGCGGCGGCGCAACACCAUCAGCAUCAGCACCAGCAAUCUAAGCCGCCCACGCCCACAACACCACCUUUGGUGGGUCUGAAUAGCAAGCCGCCAAACUGUUUGGAGCCACCAUCCUAUGCCAAGAGCAUGCAGGCCAAGGCGGCCACGGUGGGGCAACAGCAACAAGUGCAACAGCAACAGCAGCAGCAGCAACAAGUCCAACAGCAGCAGCAGCAACACCACCAGCAGCAGCAGCAACAGCAGCAACUUCAGGCUUUAAGGGUGCUCCAAGCACAGGCUCAAAGGGAAAGGGAUCAGAGGGAGCGGGAACGAGAUCAACAAAAGCUAACCAAUGGAAAUCCCAGCAGGCAACUGCCACCACCACCGCCCUAUCAAAGUAAUAACAACAAUAGCGAAAUCAAACCACCCACCAGCUGCAAUAACAACAACAUACAAAUAAGCAACAGCAAUUUGGCCACCACGCCACCCAUACCGCCAGCCAAAUAUAAUAACGCGUCCGCGAACACGGGAGCGAAUAGUUCGGGGGGCAGCAAUGGAUCCACCAGCACUACGGCCUCCUCAUCAACCACCUGCAAGAAGAUCAAACACGCGUCACCCAUACCGGAGCGAAAGAAAAUAUCGAAGGAAAAGGAGGAGGAACGCAAGGAGUUCCGCAUCAGGCAGUAUUCCCCGCAAGCAUUCAAGUUCUUCAUGGAACAGCAUAUAGAGAACGUGAUCAAGUCCUAUCGCCAGCGUACCUAUCGCAAAAAUCAGUUGGAAAAGGAAAUGCUUAAAGUGGGGCUGCCCGAUCAAACGCAGAUUGAGAUGAGGAAAAUGCUGAAUCAAAAGGAGAGCAACUACAUCCGAUUGAAGCGAGCCAAAAUGGACAAGAGCAUGUUCAUGAAACUGAAAACCAUUGGAGUGGGUGCCUUCGGUGAGGUGACUCUGGUGAGAAAAAUCGACACAUCCAAUCAUUUGUAUGCGAUGAAAACCCUGCGAAAAGCCGAUGUCCUUAAGCGGAACCAAGUGGCUCAUGUCAAGGCCGAAAGAGAUAUUCUCGCAGAGGCCGACAACAAUUGGGUGGUGAAGUUGUACUACAGUUUUCAGGAUAAGGAUAAUCUAUACUUUGUGAUGGACUACAUACCGGGUGGCGAUCUGAUGUCACUGCUCAUCAAGCUGGGCAUUUUCGAGGAAGAACUGGCUAGAUUCUACAUUGCCGAGGUCACUUGCGCCGUGGACAGCGUCCAUAAAAUGGGCUUUAUUCACAGAGACAUCAAACCUGACAACAUACUCAUCGACAGAGACGGUCACAUAAAACUCACCGAUUUUGGUCUGUGCACGGGAUUCCGAUGGACGCACAACUCAAAGUACUACCAGGAGAAUGGUAACCACUCGCGUCAGGACUCGAUGGAACCGUGGGAGGAAUACUCGGAGAACGGACCCAAGCCCACAGUGCUGGAGAGGCGACGGAUGCGCGAUCACCAAAGAGUCCUGGCCCACUCGCUGGUGGGCACACCCAACUACAUUGCACCCGAGGUUUUGGAAAGGAGUGGAUAUACGCAGCUGUGUGAUUACUGGAGCGUUGGCGUCAUCCUCUACGAGAUGCUGGUGGGUCAGCCGCCCUUCCUGGCCAACAGUCCGCUGGAAACGCAACAAAAGGUAAUAAACUGGGAGAAAACUCUACACAUACCGCCACAAGCCGAAUUAUCACGGGAUGCCACCGAUUUGAUACGGAGACUUUGCGCGGCUGCGGACAAGCGGCUGGGGAAAAGCGUGGAUGAGGUCAAGGGUCAUGACUUCUUCAAGGGCAUCGACUUUGCGGACAUGCGAAAGCAGAAGGCGCCCUACAUACCGGAAAUCAAACACCCGACGGACACGUCCAACUUCGAUCCCGUGGAUCCGGAAAAGCUACGCUCAAAUGACUCAAACAUGAGCAGCGGCGAUGAUAUCGAUCUGAACGAUCGUCCUUUCCACGGCUUUUUCGAAUUUACCUUCAGACGAUUCUUUGACGAUAAGCAGCAACCGGAUAUGACGGACGAUCAAGCGCCGGUUUACGUCUGAAUACGCCUGAAAAUCACCUAUCCCACCCCCAACAUCCAUCCCACCCCCCAAAAUCAUCGUUAGUCAAAUAGUCACAAAGGGGAGAGAAAUUGUCGAGUGGGUUUUUGUAAAGAGUGCGUGACUAUAAAAUGAAAACUAUAUAUAUUAUAUAAAUUAUAGGAGAAAGUAGCGAAGGCAACUAUACAUAAACAUACAAAUAUAUAUAGAUGCCCGCGGGCAUGAACUGAAUAAAUUUAAAACGAAACAGAUUAGAUGAAAACAAGCAAAGCGAGUCGGGACUUGGACUUUUAAAUGAAUGUAUUAAUAUCCUUCUAUACUACUCCAAAUCGACCGCUAUAACCAUAAAAUGUUAGGAAGCAAAGGGACCAACUGGAAAAUCGACCAUUUCUGGUGCUCAAAGCAAAUGCAAAAUGCCUUAAACGAGACGAGAACGCGAAUUUACCCAAGCCCCCCAAAAAAUCACUCCUUUCCCUUUUCCCACCUCCAAUCGAUGGCCGGAUUUCAAUUCAGCAGGCUGGUUAAUGCCGGCCAUCCCACGACUUCCCAUUCAGAGACGAGAUUGCGAGGUGUGCGAUGGAGAAACGGAGACCAAAAGUCGCACGGCAGCGAUAUAAGCGGGUCUUAUAAGCAUAUUCUAAAUCUAAUCUUGAGGACUACAGCACUCAACUCUGUGUCUUUCUACCCAUCCAUAUAUCACUGCUCAUCGCAGAAGUCUUCAAACGUGUGUCCUCCCCCCAAAAAAGAACAAACUUAGAGAUACCUACAUAUGUGAGAACUAUCUAGCAAAGUUAGACCAACUUGUUGAAUGCCAAAUCAAAUUGUUUAGCCCCACACAAAAAAUGGGAGAAAUAUUCAACACAUAUUCUCUGAUAGCAAACAUAAACCACAAAAACAUUACGAAGGAGAGCUAAGAAAAUUGUAAUCUUUUUAAAUGUAAUAUUGUAAAGAAAAACGUUAAUUGUAAUUUAUGCUAAAUUUGUGUAGCGCCCUAAGAUGUUUUUUAGUUUAUAGACAACGCUAACCGUAAUCUAGUUUAAUGCCUAACACUAAAGCGAGAACACAUAAAUUUUUUUGUUUUCCGUAGAUUCGUUGGAAAAUGCUAAAAAGGGAAAACGUUUUGUUUUUCUAUUUAAUUAGCUUCAGUUUGUAUGUGCGUGUGUUUUUAUUAUGAAGAUAUAUAUAUAUAACUAUUCAAAUAUAUAUAAAUGAAACCUAUUUUAAAUGUGAGAAGAGAUCGAGCUAAUUGAAGGAAAAUACAAACAAACUCUGUGUGCCUUGGCCAAUUAGUUUACUAAAGCAAAUUAAUAAAUGGAAAAGAAAAUUUAUACAAAAAGA